AUGGCUAAUAUGCUUCGAGCGAAUCAAGCUGCUAAGGCUAAUAGGUCUUUAAGUUCAAUCGUUUAUGGUGAAUGCACGCAAAAUCUCUUAUCAAGUUCUGUGAGGUAUAUUACCGAUGGUUGCGAGGCUUUUGCUCCCGGCGAUCCUUCCGGUAGCAUAGAAGCCUUGCACUGUCGAUUUUGCAACUGUCACCAAAAUUUCUAUCGUAGGUUGAAUGCUGGCAAUCACCAACCUCCACCUCCACCACAAUCAUCAUCGUUUGAUAGUGGCCUUGUUUACUCUGCACCCAAUCUUGAACAAGCAACCCAAGCUGAAGUGAACAUGGAAGAAUCAAACACCAAUGCUGAUAAUUCUGUGGCGGAAUCAAGUUUUGUUCCAAUAAGGCAGACGUACGACAACACUGGGAAUGGGAAAAAGUUAUGGGACGAACUUUGUGCAGAAGAUGAUGAGAAGGAUCAGUUAGACUUGACUUUAAACAUGGGAGGAAAUAAUAACAAGAAUAAACAUACAUACGCAGAAGAUUUAUGUUGUUGUUAUUGUUUGUGGUUUUGUUGUUUUUGUUUUAUGUAUCUUUUUGAACGUUUGAUUACCGAAGAUCUUGUUUAA